CUGAGAUACCUCUGGCCACAACAUGGAUCAACAACGUGGUCAUCCGUAUGAACAGCUGACCCCUGAUGUCGAGCUUGAAAGAAUAUCGACAGCAGAUGGCGCAUUAGUCGACUUACCAAGUAAAUACCCGACCAAUUCAGAUACACCGACUGCAGCUUCUAAUCUCAGUGAUUCCGAAGCUAACUACUUGCAUGAUGGGAAAGUUGACGAACAACUUACACCCGUAGCGAGACCCUCUAUAGAUCCUUCACCAUCAAAGAAACUGGCCUAGCUACCAUACACUCUACGCUAUAUCCCUCUAUAUCUGAUACUUGCCUUUUUAUUGCUUUUAGAACUCGCUGUUGUGGUAGUUCACGGGAUUUCGUCUAGCAACUCGGGGCUCGUCGAGGAUAAUGGAUCGCCGUCUUCAUCUUCUAGGUCGUAUCCCGAUAUCUCCUACACCUGGCCAAAUAGCCUUGCUAUCAAAUGGAUCCACGAGCGGCCCAUUGGGGGAUCCCGAGUCGUUGAACAAUGGUCGGACGCUGAUACGAGGCAUCUCUUAUGGGUUGAGCCACCUCAAAUGAUGGCUUUAAACUGCCAGCCCGUCAUCGAAACCGCCAGUACUCGAAUUAUUCUAGAUUGCAGUAGCAAACGGGUGCUCUCGUAUAAGGUCCUGGAUACAUUAUACGCAUACAAAUAUGUGUGGAACGCUCCCUGGACCAAAUAUCGCACAAAAUUCUACUGGGACGGUCCCGUGCAGAAACUGAAGAUCACAGUUAGCCACGGAGUGCUCUUUAAGACCGCACUUCUUGGAGCCGCAGAUGUGAGAAGAUUUGGGGGGAACUCAAACUUCGAUUCAGCCGGAGAUGGAAUGGAGGACACUUCAGAACAAUCGUUCAAUUUCCGACAGACCGGGCUCAAUGUCGAUUAUAUGACUUAUUCAAUGUUAUCAUUACAAGACUUUGGUCACCGAAAGCUGCUUGAUGCCGCCGUAUUGGAGCGAACCGCGCAAUGCGCAUUC